UUUUUGUUAAUUUUCUUUUAAAAUAAAAUACUUAACAUAUAAACUAUAUUUUUGGUGCGAAACGACGCAGAUUACAAAUUGAACCAUAGUCGAGUGGGAGAGAGAAUUAGUUCAUCGAACCUGAAGGUAGAUGGAGAUGCUGUUCGCUGGAGAAUUUGCGGUCAGAUGUAUGGGGUGGCACGUCAGUUCGUCAGUGGCUAACAUUUUUGCAAACAAACAAAGCAGACAAACUUUCAAACAGUCAAAACGUGUGUUUGUCAUAGUCUAAUGCCUCUUAGAAUACCUCCUUAACUUUUGUUUUAGUUUUGGGAGUAACUUCUCGUCAGCGUGUAUUAAUGACAGCGAUUCCUUCUGUCAAACUGACAAAAUGUCUAAAAAAAUGUCAUUUACCAAGUGACAGUUCGAAUCAUCACAAUCGAGUUUCAUUUAAAUAACUAAAAACAAACAGCAAAAAUGGGACGAAAUUGCAGCGCAAAAAAUUGUCUUAAAAACGACGCAAGAAAUUUGAACACAUCUUUUUUCAAAUUUCCCGACGACGUGACACUUUGCGAGAAAUGGAUAGAAUUUUGCGCCUCGCCUCAGCUCACGGCGGCAUUCAAGGCAUCGGGACCGUACGGAAUUCGCGGGCGGAAGAUAUGUUCCGAUCACUUCACGCGUGAUUCUUUUCGCGCUCCGCUGAAUACGCAUCAGGGUCUCAAGUACGGCGCCGUUCCCCGGUUGAACACCAACGAGGAGGAAUACUUGGAUGUUGAGUACCUGGAGGAUUCAGAACCGACCGACGUCACACCGGCAGUCGAUACGCCGAUGACUAAAUCCAAACGGAAAAAGGUCGAAAAGCGAUACUACGUCCAGGGCAGACACGACCUGUUUGAAGUACUGAUUCUUGAGGAUCCGCAAGAAAUGGACAAUGAAAGCUGACUGAAGUUCAACAGAACUAUCUUGUGUAAUUUUUAAAUGUAAAUAAUAAACCCGUGAUCUCUUUUGUUAAAAGUUA